ACUACUGUUCGCGCGUGUGCUUCUUACAUAAUUGCGAUCAUCAGAACGUCAUUUAUCAGAGAUGCGAUAAUCUCUAAAGUGAACUUUAAGUUUAGGUGAUAAAACUUCAGAAUAACAAAUAAGAAGGCAAAGACAGAUAGAAAGGCUUAUUAACAAACUAAUGCAUAGAUUAGGUAGAUGGGCAUUUUGUCGGAAACGUUUUGCUGUCCCAAUUGACGCUAAUGGCUCAAUUUUUGAACCUCCUUAUAUCUUGAAUGUUUGUUUCUCCGUUUGUUUGCAAUUUAUUAUUUAACAAAAAUGAAGUUUGAUGACAUUUUAAAGACGGUUGGAGAGUUCGGACCCUACCAGCAACGUGUCUAUGUGAUCUCACUGAUAUUUAAGUUCACCGUUUCUUGGGCUACGAUGAUCUCAGUUUUCAUGAAUGCUUCCGUUGACCACUGGUGUGCGACUCCUGAAUGGGAUCCUGGAUGUGACAAAUAUGGAUUAUCGGAUGAAGCAUGUGAACAAGCACAGAAGAACGGCAGCAUCCCGUCCAACUAUACAUCAGAUGGGGAGCUGGUCUACGCACAGUGUGAGAAAUAUAAUGUGUCAGGAGUGGGAUUCUGGCCUGGCAUAGAUCCGUCCAAUUACAGCAGCGCAACGACGUCAUGUGAUGAUGGAUGGGUAUACGAUGAUAGCCAAUACGAGACGACGACAGUAACUGAUUUUGAUCUGGUAUGUGGCAAAGGUGACCUCACCCAAGUAUCUCAAUCAAUAUACUACGGAGGUUUCUUGGCUGGAUCUAUAUUCUUCGGAAUCCUCUCAGAUGUAAUUGGUCGCUGGUGGACACUCUUUCUUACUAACCUUGUUUCUCUUAUAUCUGGAGUGGCUAUCGUCUUUUCACCGACAUGGUGGUUCUUCGCCACGAUGCGUUUCUUUAUGGGUUUCGGAAACAUUGCCUUCAACAUCACCCUGUAUGUGAUAGGGACGGAGUACAUCGGACCAUCAAAGAGAUCCCUGAUCAUUCUCGUCUCUACCACCUAUGCUCUUGGCUACAUGUUCCUUGCCCUUCCUGCUUAUUUCAUCCGAUCCUGGCGUCUUCUAACACUCAUCUUGACGCUGCCUCUCCUAUUUCUAUUCAUAUGCUUUAUAUGGCUACCCGAGUCUGCAAGAUGGCUUAUAUCUGUGGGGAAAUAUGACAAGGCCGAAAAAGUUAUCAGCAAAGUGGCCGAAGUCAACAAAGCCGAACUACCGAAGCCAUUGUUUACAAAAGAAUACAGGGAAGAAGAGGAUCAAAGCCGCAAGGCACAUCGACCCUCUGGUCUCGAUCUGAUCCGCACACCUAGAAUGAGAAUGAGAACCAUAAACCUGAUAUUUAUAUGGAUGGUGAAUGCUAUGGUCUAUCACGGUCUGUCUCUGAAUAGUUCAAAUCUAGGCGUCAACGACUACGUCGCCUUCGUGAUCACUGGUGGUAUCGAAAUCCCAGCUUACUUUAUGGAUAUUUUCAUCGUAGAAUUCUUUGGUCGGAGAUUCAGUCUCUUCUUCUGCUUGAUGGUUGGUGGUUUGGCUUGCCUGUCAAGUGCCUUUAUACCCUCUGGCGUUGCUUUGACAACUGUUGCUAUGGUAGGAAAGUUUGGCAUUACCGGUUCAUUUGCAAUAAUAUAUCUAUACACUGUCGAGCUUUAUCCAACAAAUAUAAGGGGUGUGGCCAUCGGCAACUGCUCCAUGUUCUCCAGAGUGGCAAGUAUUUCAGCACCCUUGGUACUCAUCUUGGCGAAGUAUUGGGACCCUCUACCCCUUGUCAUCUACGGGUCUCUGUCUGUCAUUGCUGCUCUGUCGGCCCUUGCUCUGCCAGAAACACGAGGAAGGAAACUACCGGAGACGCUAGAAGAAGGGGAACAAUUCGGACUGAAAACUACCCAUGUUGAUGAAAGCACUAAAGAGCAAGACCACGACGCUUAUGAGAAUGGGCUCACUCAUAGCGAGAAAGGCAUGAUGAGUUCAGGGACAGCUCAUCAGAACCCAGCAUUCAUUAUGGAGGACGACAAAUGAGGGCGCUACACCUAAAUCAUUGGAAAUUCAGAGCUUCAUUCGAUUUAAUAUAUGGAAAAUUAAUGGGGUAAAAGGAUACUGCCAAAAAUCAGGUGCUUAUGUGACCUGUCAUUGUCGAGUAGUUAUUAUUAUUUUUUUUACAUCAUCAUCAGCUAUUUAACAAAAAUCAGCCGAUAACUAUGGGUUAAGCCUGCCUGUACCAUUUAUUUAGAAAUUAAUAAUCCGUCCCUGAUAUAUUAAAAAAAAUAAUAAUAAUAAGGUAGAUUACCGUGCUAAAGCCAUAUUUCGUUGGUCAAAUUUGAUAAUUAUACAUGCAUUUUUUUAUUUUCAAAAUGUAGAUUAAACUUGCAAUUCAAUAUGGAGUAAUGGAAAGUAUCCGUAAUUUCGCUUAUCAAACUAGUCUUGUUAGUAAUUUAAAGAAAACGUUUCAGGAGAAUGAAAGAGAAAGGGGUGAGAUUUGAAUUUUACAAACUGCCUGGUGGGUGUGAAUGCAGUCGUACACUCAUCUGGAGAUUUAUUAUAUAUUUUUUUCAAGCUAUGCAAUAAAUGAGAUCCAUUUGUAUUUUCAAAACUGUUACGUAACUUAAGACCCAAAUUCAUAGAUAGAUAUAUAGAUAAAUGGUUUGUCAAUAAAAAAAAUCAAGACAUCAUUGCGGCUAAGGCCGAAUUGCGAUGUAUUUACAAGGUAAUAAUGACAUUAAAAAAUGUUUAAACAAGACAGAUAAUUACAAAAUAAAUAAUACGGAUAAAGUAUGGUAUUGAAA